GCUCGCGGCACUGCAGAAUGACUAGCACCGAGACGCAAUACACGACAGCAUUGUUGCUACGUGCCGUCGCCAGUGGCGAUACCGACGACGUCAGUCGCCUCUUGGACAAAGGCGCCGACAUUACAGCACACUUUCCCGACGGCCUCGACCUUCUCGCAAUGGCCGUGCGCCAUGGCCACGACCAACUCGCUCGCGUGCUUCACGAUCGCAUGUACCCGUCGGUAGCGUCGGUUGCGGCAACGGACGUGCGCUUUGAAGGUCUCGAUCGCCUUGAUUCAGGAAGAUUCUACGAAGUGCAAAAAGGCGUCUACAACGACGCACCCGUUGCAGUCAAGCAGCCUCAUCACUUCAGCCCACGCAGUUCGCGAACGCUGCGCGAGGAUGCCCAACUCCAAAAGACGAUUCGGUCGCCGUACGUACUACCGCUGCUCGCCACCGUCGACCUCGACUCCAAGAAGCCACAACUGAUCACGGAGUUCAUGGACCAAGGCAACGUUUUGGAUUACCUUCGCAAGAAGCGAGAGGGCGAGCAUGUGGCCGUGGAAGUCACGACCGUGCAAGUGGCGUGGGUGAUCGCCAACGCACUCCAAGACCUCCAUCGCCAAAGCAUCAUUCACCGCAAUGUCGAGAGCCGAAAAGUACUUCUCUCCACCACGCAUGGCGUCAAGUUCAGCGGGUUUACCUAUGCGCGAACGGUCGUUGGGCUCAAGACUGCUAACGUCGGUACGAUGCUGUCGAUGGCACCCGAAGUCCUCCGUCGCGACUACGAAGAGGAAGCGGCGUCUGCCGACAUUUACUCGUUCGGCGUUGUGCUCACCGAGCUCGACAAGGGCAACGCGCCAUACGCCAACUCUGGUGAUUUUUCCUUUGAGAUGGCGAGGCGCGUGGGUGACGGAAGCCUUCGCCCGACAAUGAGCCCGAACUGCGUGCCAUGGCUGCGCGAGCUCGCGGACCGCUGCUUGGCGGCUGACCCAGCGGAGCGCCCGACGGCAUCGGACAUUGUGGCGAUUUUGGCGCAACACCUCGACGCCACAGAUACAUGUAUCAACGUCCCACCAGCUCCGUCUCAGCAACUCCUGUACAGCGGACCGAAAAGCAGUUUUCAACCCACCAUGGAGACGACGCCAACGUUGAUCAAAUAUGUCCAAAGCUCAGCCAGCCAACUGCGCGUCUCUGCGACGCUGUUCGUUGUGGCCUCGUAGAUGACGUCAUCGCACUGCUCAGCGACGGCGCGGAUCCCAAUGGCUGCGACUCCCUUUUUUUUCGGGGGCCACUCGACUGGGCGAGUCUGCGAGGCGACGUGAACAUCGUCAAGCACCUUGUGAAGGCCGGCGCCAAUGGUCGCGUUACCGAUUCGUCCACGACCACGCCACUUGUCAUGGAUGACCAUCCAAGUGCGACCUCAGUCCUCCAAGGUGCAAGCUCCAUGCUUUAAUCCGAGCCAUGUGGUUCAAGUCAAAGCUCUGCUACGCCACCUCCAAGUCUAGGCUAGGCUAACUUCAGUUUAGCCAUUGUUAAGUUGCCUCGGAGCAAGUGGUUAUUUUCCGGUAAAUAUAAAGUUACACAGCA